UGAUUUGGCGCCGACGGCAGCACAGCCUUUUCGUUCAACUCGGAUACGCAGGGCCUAAGCCGGACCUCGUUUGGGGGAGCUGGAAGCAACUGCAGAAGGAUCGAAUACCGGUGAUGGGAGAAUGGAUACGAAAGUAUGGCAAAAUCUUUGGUUUCUUCCUGGCCGAAAAGCCCUACAUGGUCGUCACGGAUGUCGACGUGAUUAAAGAAAUAUUCAUAAAAGAUAGCCGAAUAUUCCAGGAUAGACCUCUUUAUGCCCUCGAUGUCGAACCCAUGACAAGCUCCGUCUUUUUUGUCAAAGGAGCGGAAUGGAGAAAGGUGCGCUCUAUCAUGAACCAAGGUUUCACAGCCGCAAAAGUGAAGCUCUACUCCCGCAUCGUGAACCAGUGCGCAAAUGUAUUUGUCGACAUACUCGGAGAAUUCUGCUCCAAAUCGAGGGUGUCUGAAAUGUAUCGGCUCACCCAAAGUUUGGCCCUUGACAUCAUCACAAAGGCGGCAUUGGCUUGGGAGAUUGACUGCCAACGAAACAGCGGAGAUUCUUUCCUCACCUGGAUGCGCAAGGUCUUUGAGCAUGCGGACAAGACUGCUCUUGAGAGCUCAUUCACAUUUCCCGCCUUGCGUCCACUCUUGCUCUUGUUCUACCCACUGUCGUCCUUCGCUCGCUGCAUGAAGAAAAUGAUGGACGACGUAGACAAAGUAACGGAGCAGCGUCGCUCGGGUGAGAGUCCCCGCCGUGAGGACAUGAUACAAAUGAUUCUGGAUGCCCAGGAGAAUGCAAAGAACCACAGCCAAGCCACUGGCCAAAAGGUUAAAACCCUUGAAGACCGCCACGUCAGCUCAAACGCUGUCGUGCUUCUGAUAGCUGGCUUCGACACCACCGCGUCAGCGCUCGCCUUCUUGUUGCACCUGGUGGCUAAGCAUCCUGAAGAGCAGACGAAGAUUCUCAAGGAGCUGGAGGAUCGCUUUCCGUGCGUACACGAACUCUCCUUCGAGCAGCUACACGAGCUCGAGAGACUCGACAUGGUGGUCAAGGAAGCGUUGCGUCUAUACCCUCCUGUCCCGCUCAUGGUGGCUCGAUGCUGCAUUAAAAACACAACGGUUCUCGGACACUUCAUUCCUGCCGGCGUGAACAUCAUCGCACCAGCGUGGUACGUGCAUCGUGACCCAGACCUGUGGGAAGAGCCAGAAAAAUUCAUGCCUGACCGGUUUUCUGAGGAAAAAUCCAAAAGGCGCCACAGUGCCGCUUAUUUCCCUUUUGGCCUCGGCCAGAGGACAUGUCUUGGCAAACGGGUUGGAUUGUUGACAAUGAAGACAGCCUUGAUAAAAACUUUGCGGGACUACAAGCUUGAAUUAUGCGAGAAAUCUCAAGAUCCCUUGCUCAUGACUGUUCCGAGUCUGGUGGGAAACCCUAAAGGUGGAGUGUACCUGAAGCUUACCGCCCGGCAUUCCCGAACGGUGGUUGAUGAGGCUUGAAUAAUUACCGUGCAGUGGCGAGGACGUUUGUAAAAGAAGUAAAUGUUGUUUUUGGGCGU